UUUCUUGCCUUUUAAAAUUUAGUGGAUUGGGGCUAAUACUUCCUGUGGCUUCUUCAGGACAAUACAUUAUAGGUAAUUCCUGACCCAGCAUUCACUCUUCUCUGCAUUAUCCUGAAGACAGAUGAAUAUGUUCAACAACCAUCUCUUUCUGUCCUACUGGACUACCAUAAGCCUUUUCAAUCUACUAGCAGCUUGGACAGCUGCUGAAGAUGUCACAAACAGCACUUUAAACCACACUGACAUGCUCUUAGGAUCUGUGCCUGUGGUCAUCUACAGAGUCGAUCACAUUACAGUGAAAGAAGGUUACAGUGCCUUGAUUGACUGCAACAUUCAGGGUCAUCCUGGGCCAGAGUAUGAGUGGUACAGCUCCAAUGGCCAUUUGCUGAAAGAAGAUGAGGAUGGAGCAAGAAAAUGGAUUCUUGACAAUGGUCAACUAAACAUCACUAGUGUAUCAUUUGAUGAUCGAGGAAAAUAUACUUGUGUUGCUUCUAACAUCUAUGGCCGAGUAAAUAACACCGUUACUCUAAGGGUUGUCUUCACUUCUGGUGAUAUGGGGAUCUACUACAUGAUUGUAUGCCUUGUAGCUUUUACUGUUGUUUUGAUCUUAAACAUUACAAGGCUGUGCAUGAUGAGCAGCCACCUGAAGAAGACUGAGAAAGCCAUCAAUGAAUUCUUCCGAACAGAAGGAGCAGAGAAAUUGCAAAAAGCUUUUGAAAUUGCUAAACGCAUCCCAAUUAUCACCUCAGCAAAAACUCUUGAGCUUGCUAAAGUAACACAGUUCAAGACCAUGGAGUUUGCCCGCUAUAUUGAGGAACUGGCAAGGAGUGUUCCACUGCCACCUCUCAUCAUGAACUGUAGAACAAUAAUGGAAGAAAUCAUGGAGGUGGUGGGACUUGAGGAACAGGGGCACAACUUUGUAAGGCAUUCGGCUGUAGGACAGGAGACCACUGACACAGAGGAAAUGUACGUGAUUCCUAGUGCCCUGAAGCGUAGAGGCUCUCUCACUGCUGAGUCCGAUGCAUCUUCUCUCCAUGAACCGCCACUCAAGAUUGCAAUCAAAGUGUCUAUUCACCAGUUAACUAAAAAGGACUGUAUGGAUGACCAGUCACAAGACAGUAUCCAAUUAGAAAUUAAAGAAGAGAGGGAAGAAGAUGAGAUUGUCCAAAGACCAGCACAGGCACUUGAUCCAGUCUCAGACACUGAGCCUCCUGUAGAACCAAAUCCUACUGACACAGCUCUGCGAAGUGACAAGGAUGCUUGUGUUAUUUAUGAAAGCCAUGUAUGAUAGGGUUCCCCCCCACCCCCACAGAUCUAUGCAUAGCAAGAAAUCAGGUGGAGCACUCUUU